AUUUAGAUUUAUGUAAUCCUCAAGCUUAUUUAGAAUAGAAGAAAAAUUAGAAACUGAAAAUCAAGCUCAUUCUGUUAGAUCUCUUUUAAAAAGUUGUGAUUAAGAUCAAGAAGCCAUUCUUUAAGAUAUUUAGAAUUGUAAGUAAUCUAAAUAAAAUGAUUAAAAAAGUGUAAGGAGUCUACUUUUCGAUUCUAAAAGCAAGUAAGGAUAUUAGAAAUAUAUACAUAGACAAAGCUUAUAAUGUAAUUUUGGACCUAGAAUAAGAACUAUUAGCUUUCAAACUAAUAAGCCUAUAAUAAAUUUUAAAGAGGAAAGCCCAAUUUUUAUUGAUAGUCAUAUUUCUAAUGAACAUCAUGGAUUUAGUAAUAAAAUUUGGAAAACAAAAGCGUUAGAAAUUUUAAUGAUAACUUUGAGAUUCAUAAGUUUUAUUACAAAAUCAAAUUUUGCUACUAGUUUUAAAUUAAUAAACAAAAAUGUUUUUGAAAUUAUAGGGGAUGUAUCAGCUGAUUUUUCAUAUUACCUAUUAAGAAAUUUCUUUAAAUAUGAAGUAAUAAAUAUUGAAUUAAUCUAAUUUUAGAAACCAACUGGAUUUCAAAAAUUAAAAAAUUUUUUGAGUUAAAAAAUAUUGGUUCCUAUUCGUAGAACUAAAUUACUUAAAAUUUAUUGUGGAAAUGGAAAAUUAAUAAUGAGACCCGAAUCUUUACCAUCAAUUUGGUGGAAUAUAUAUAUUCUUACUAUUUUGAAUAUAAAUGUACUUUAUGUAUCAGCAAAAAUUGCAUUCAAAUUUGAUAAAUAAUCAGAUGAUGCAUUUUAUUAAGCCAGAUAAAUAAUGUUUGAUGUUUUACCAUCUUAUUCAUUUAUGCUUGAAAUAUUAUAAAAAUUUAACACAUGUUUUUAUUAUAAAGGAGCAGUAAUUGAAAAUCGUUAUGAGAUUGCAAAGAAUUAUUUAAGAACAUGUAAAUAAAUUAUAAUUAUAAUAUAAAUAGCAUUUUUAUUUGACCUAUUUGUAAUUAUUCCUUACUUUAUAAGUUUAAGAUUUGAUUUAGAAUAUUUAGAUCUUGUAAUAAUAUUGAAAGUGUUUUAAAUAACUAAAUUUUCAAGAACGCUAUUUGAUAGAUUAGAAUUGACAGCAAUAUAAAUAGUUAUAGUAGAUUUGGUGAAAUUAGUAUACACAAUAUUAGCUGCAGCACAUUUUUCAGCUUGUAUAUGGUUUUUAGUAGGUUCAACUGGAGAUCCAAAUGAGAUUUCUUGGAUUAAAGCACAACAUAUAGAAGAUGAAUAUUGGUUUAAUUAAUAUAUGCAUUCCUUUUAUUGGAGUAUUAUUACAAUGACUACUAUUGGAUAUGGUGAUAUUACUCCUUAGAAUUUGAGAGAAAGAGUAUUUGCAGUUGGAAUGGCUUUAUCAGCAGUUGGUGUUUUUGGUUAUUCAAUAGGUAAUAUUAAUUCAAUAUAUGCUGAAUGGAGUAGAUAAAGCUUUUAAGUUAGAACUGAUAUGAAUAAUCUUAAAAAAUUUAUUAGAAUUAAAGGAAUUAAUAAACAUUUAGCAGAAAAAAUAAGAAAGUAUUUUGAAUAUGUUUGGAGUGAUCAAAUGGAAGAUAAUGAUAAGGAAGUUUAUAAAUUUAGUGAAAUGAUUCCAAAAUAAUUGUUAGAAGAAAUGAAAAUUGAUACAAAUAUGAAAUUAAUCUCAAAAAAUAGCUUUCUUGUUAAUAAUUUUAGUGAACAAUUCUUAAUUUCUUUAUCAAAAGCUAUGGUAGAAGAAAAACUUGUACCUGAAUAAACAAUUUAUUAAGUAAUUCUAUUUCAUAGUUAUUAGUAAAAUGAUCCUAGUAAUUAUUUCUAUAUUUUAUCAAGUGGAGAUCUCUCUUUUUAUAUAACUUUGAAUAAUAAAUAGUAAACAAUUAAAAUUUUAGAAACUAUAAAACAUGAAGGCUAAUCUUUUGGUGUUUUAGAAUUCUUUUAAUCAUAAGCAUAUUAAAUGUCAUGUAAAUCAAAUUAAUUUUCAUAUGUAUUGAAAAUUGAUAGAUCUCAAUUUAUAGAAAUAAUAUCUUAACAUUAAAAUGAUUAUGUAUGCAAUUAAUCAAUAUAUUUGUUUAGUAUAAAUAUUGUGAAUUAGUUUAAUAAAUCUCAUUUAUGAAUAAAUAGGAUUUAGUAGAUGUGACCUGUAGAGCCUGCAAUAAAUCAACGCAUAUUAUAUUAGAAUGUCCGUAAGUUGAUCGAAUUUAUAUUAAAUUAGAAUGGUAUGUGGUUAUCCAAAUAGAUCAAAAGUAUUACUAAAUUACAGAAGGAAUAUUCCAUCUGAUAGAGUUAAAUAUGGAAGAAAAUUCGAACGUAAAAUUCAAACAAGAAAAGAAUCAUUAGAUAUCUAAAAUAGCAUCUAUUUAUAUAUGUGCAAAACAUAAAUAUUAUAGGAUGAAUUAGAUGAAUAAAAAAAGAUAAGUGAUAGUAAUGAUGGUAUUAAUUAGAAUAUUCAAUUAAAUUAGAUCUAAGUUUUGAUGAUGAUGAUGCUAAUGAUGAAAUAUUAGAAGGUUAAAAAAAGUUGGAUGAAGUAAAAAGUAAUACAUUAUUGGUUCCAUAACAUUAAUAGAAAAUAAAAUGUUUAUUGAAGAGAAAGUUAUCAUUUUAAGCUUGUUCUGAUGCAUUAAAUGAUGAUGAAAUAGUAUUAAUAAUUAUUAUUAAAUUAGAGAGAUAGAAUUUUAGAAAUUAUUAAUAAGAUUUAAAGAGCUGAAAGAUCUAAUAAAUAUUAAAGUCGUUUUAAUUAAGGACCAUAAUAAUUAUAGACUAAUUUUAGAAUUUAAAAUUAAUAGAAUACUAUUCUAAGUAAUAAAAGCUAAUAAGAUUCUUUUAAUAAAAUAGGAGAACUUUAAAGAGGAGAUUAAAAAAAGUAAACAAAACAAAUGGGACCUUAAAUUAAAGUAAAUGAUUAAUCUCUAAAUUAAUUAUAUCUCAAUAGAAAUUUAGAUGAUGAUCUAGGAAAAAAAAUAGGUUAAUAUAAAGAACUUUUUGAAGGUUUUGAGAAAGUUAAGAAUUUUGAAUAUUUUCUAAAACAUAAUAAUGCAAAUGAAAUAGCUCGAUAAAAUAAAAUAAUGAGCAAAAGUCAUCAUAGAAAACAGAAAUAAAAUUAAUGA